UAACCGGAAAGACAACGCGAGGGAGACGGAAUGCCUGAGUGGCCAAUCCGGAUCGCGUUCGGCAAGAUGGCGGCGCUGGGGGGCCGAGGGUGCAGUGGCGGGGAGGGCGGCGCGCGCGGGGGCCCGGACCCUCUGCUGCUGCUGCACCCGGAGCUCCUCUCGCAGGAGUUCUUGCUGCUGUCGCUCGAGCAGAGGAAUAUCCCUGUAGAAAAUGAGUUGAAGGUCAGUAAAGAUAGCCUUACUGAUCUCUAUGUUCAACAUGUUAUACCAUUGCCUCAGCGGGAAUUACCAAAAACCAGAUGGGGGAAAAUAAUGGAGAAAAAAAGAGGACAACAGGUGACGAAACAUGACAUGAAAAGCUUUGCUACUGUAGAAAAUCUGAGGAAACGCCCUCUGAUAGUAUUUGAUGGUAGCUCAACAAGUACGAGUAUAAAAGUGAGGAAGACAGAAAAUGGAACUGUUGAUGGUCUAAAACUUGCCACGGGAAAUGCAAGUGCACCUUGCAGGAGACGCUCUGUUUCUUCAGAUUCUUUGGCGUGUGUAUCUGUUUCCAGCGAUUCAUCAGACUUUAAAAUAGACACCAGGAUUAAUGAAGCAAAACAGAACAAUAUUAGAAUAAAUAACAAUAUGGCUUCUAGUCAAAAGUCCCCACCUUCGCUGCCUGUAAUAGGGACUACUGUUGUGAAAUUAAAGAGAGCUGCCCCAAAAGAAGAUAUAGAUGCAUCAAACGGCCUAAAGCCCUCUGACUCAAAGAAGAAGAUCCAGCAUGUAACAUGGCCAUGAAUGCACAAGGUGAUUGAAGUGUAAAUAAUGUUCAGUCUUCAUUUCAGAAUGGAAGAACUGAACAGCAUUGCAGAUUGUAAUGGAUUCUCCAUAAUGUUAGUGAUGCCACAGUUUGAUUCAGACACCAUAUUUUAACUCAUUACCAAAAGAGCACUUCUUGUAUUGCACUUUGAGUUACUGUCUUGCCCUUUUAGUGGGUGGUUUUGGUGGAACAGAAGUGGGCUUCCACCAUACCUUUGGGGUUUUCAAGUGUACUGUAGUUCAGCCCUUGCAUGACCUAAUCAAGAGAAUCCAUGUGAGUUCAUAACUGUUCAUGUUCAGCUAUAGAGUACUGAUUUGUUCAGUAAAUACAAAUCUCUGUACAAACAUAUCUAACUGCAAUUGAAAUUUGUACUUUCCCAUUCUACUGGAUUUUCCAUGGUAAUUAAAUAGACUUUGCAUAAAAUAGGUUGUUGGCAAGGCUAGAAAAAUAUUCAAAUUCUUGGGCACAAAUACCAAGUAUUUCAAAGACGUCUAGAGUUUUCCAGCCUUUCUAUGAGAAUGUUAUUAUACCUAUAAAUGUAACAGGAGGGGGAUGACUGAAUUGUGUGGUGUCUUUGCUUCAAAUUGAAGUUUUUGUUAUAACUGAAGUUAAAUAGAUUUCUGUUGUCUUUGGAGAUAACAGGUAGAUGAACAGAAACAAAUAUUGUACUUUUAUACACUUGCAUAAGUAUUUUUGAUGAAAUACUUGUACAUUUGUGGAAGAUGUUACUUGCCUGAUUACUGAAUGCCUGAUAAAAUUUAGGAGGAAAGCUCACACUUGUUUGGGCAGUUUGAAAAGAAGGUAUUAACUUACUUCACUGUUAAAAGGCAAUUUAAGUUUGCAAAGAAACAUCUUGCUUUUUAAAACUCUGUGGAUAAAUCUGACAAGUUUGUUUGGAACUGUAUGGAUUCUCCUUUGGAUCAUGUGAAGCCCAUUCACUUUGAGUAUAAAUAUUUGACCCACGCUCCCAGGCACAAAAUAAAAUUAAUCAUAUGCACAAAAGAAGUUUUAUUUACCUAGAUUCUCUGAAGAUACUGGCAGCAUCUCAACAUUAACUCCAAGUUUCAAAACUUAAAAAAAAAUUAAAAUUGUUAAUAUGCAACUACUGUAGAAUGAAAUGCAGUUGGAGUAAGAAUGGUCCACCUUACAGGAAAACAGUGUGUAGUGCAGCCAGAAUUGAGUACAUUGCUUCAGAGAUUUCAGUAAGACAAGUAAGUAUAUACUAUGGACCUGUUUCAAAAGUAAACUAAUGAGAAAUAGAGGCCACACUUGCCUGCCUUUGAGUAAGUGCCACUGAAGUUAAUGGGACUUGCUUCUGAGUAGACAUGCUUAGGAUUGCACUGUACAAAUUCCACUAGAUCAUAACACGUAAGUAUGGUGUGUUUGCAGUGUUUGCCUCUACCUGAAUACUUGUGCAAGUUUUGUACUUUAGUACAGCACAUUUUAAUUUUGUGUGUUUUGUAUCUGAAAAGUUGUCUUUUUAUUAGCCAUAUCUGGUUUCAAUAAACAGAAUUAAAAGUGAA